UGGUGUGAUUGGUUGAUAUCCCAUGCGCGCAUGUCCUUUUUUCUCACUGAGCACCAUUGUUGGCGCUAGAUUUUACGCUGCUGCAGCAGCACGUUGUCGGGGAAAUAGCACACACACUCGAGCAGCAUGGCAGCGGACAAUGGUAUGUCAAAUGGCCAGGAAACGGCCCCGCUAAAUGGGGAACCAGCCAUGAAGCGACCCCGCGAAAGUGAGUUGGAAUCUUUACGGACUCCUCGCGAGCCAAAGAACAGAGUGACUGUCGUUCUCGGGGCUCAGUGGGGAGACGAGGGAAAGGGAAAAGUGGUUGACCUCCUAGCGAUGGACGCCGAUAUCGUAUGCAGGUGCCAGGGAGGAAAUAACGCGGGACAUACAGUGGUGGUGGAUUCAGUGGAGUACGACUUCCACCUGUUGCCCAGCGGCGUGCUGAACAAGAAAGCGAUGUCCUUUAUUGGUAACGGAGUCGUGAUUCACCUGCCGGGAUUGUUUGACGAGGCUGAGAAAAACCUAAAAAAGGGAAAAGGACUGGAGGGCUGGCAGGAGAGGCUGAAGAUUUCUGACCGUGCACACCUUGUGUUUAACUUCCACCAAGCCGUGGACGGCGCACAGGAGCUGCAAAGAACACUGCAGGCUGGGAAGAAUUUGGGCACGACGAAAAAAGGCAUUGGUCCAGCAUACUCCUCCAAGGCUGCCCGCAAUGGACUCAGAGUUUGCGACUUGGUGUCUGACUUUGCUGUCUUUGAGGAGAAAUUUCGUGUGCUGGCUGAACACUUUCAGGCAAUGUAUCCUAACCUCAACAUUGAUGUGGAUGCUGAGCUGGACCAGCUUAAGGACUAUGCUGAGAAGUUGCGGCCCUUGGUGACUGACGGAGUGUACUUCAUGCACAAAGCCUUAACCGGAGUCAGCAAGAAGAUCCUCGUAGAGGGAGCAAAUGCAGCACUCUUGGAUAUUGAUUUCGGCACCUAUCCGUUCGUGACCUCGUCCAACUGCACGGUGGGAGGAGUAUGCACAGGCCUGGGAGUGCCUCCAUCCCACGUGGGCCGGGUCUAUGGCGUAGUGAAGGCCUACACCACCAGAGUGGGAGUGGGUGCUUUCCCCACAGAGCAAGACAACGAGACGGGCAACCUUUUGCAGACGCGGGGCCGCGAGUUUGGUGUGACGACGGGCCGGCGGCGUCGGUGUGGCUGGCUGGACCUGGUGCUGGUCAGAUACGCCCACAUGAUCAAUGGAUUCACCGCCAUUGCACUGACCAAGCUGGACAUCCUGGACACGCUGCCCGAGAUCAAGAUUGGCAUCGCCUACACUGUGGAUGGAAAAGCCCUUCCCAGCUUCCCUGCAAACAUGGACACUUUGACGCGGGUGUCUGUGCGGUACGAGACGCUGCCGGGCUGGUGCUGCAGCACAGAGGCUGUGCGGAGCUUCGAUGAGCUGCCCAAACAGGCGCAGUCCUACAUCCGCUUCAUCGAGAACUUCCUGCAAGUGCCAGUGAAAUGGGUUGGAGUAGGAAAGUCACGCGAAAGCAUGAUCAAGCUGUUUUAGUCCCGGGAAGGAAGCUCUGUAACCAACCCCAAGUAUGUGGGAUUCAUACGAGUUUCAUUUUGUGGAUCAAUGCAACGAUUUAUGUAAAAUAUUGGACUUAGGACCCACCACCUCACUCCAUUUUCCUUGAAAAACAGCAAAACAUCUGAAACCAGCAGAGAGAGCGAGACCACCAUCGGCUUAGUGUGACUGAGCCCUCGUGUAUAACCUUUAAAAAAGAAAUGGUUCCCCAAACCACCCAAAUGCCACUUCACAUUCCAUAGCAGGUUUUUAUUAUCAUGCAAGUUCUCCAACACGCACGUGCGGAAACAAGAGGAUGGAUCAUGAGCUUGACAUGUUCAAAUGUGAUCAAGCGAUUUUGAGGGCAUUCUGUUUAAAUUUAGGAAUUUGAAAGGAGAGUGGCAAGGCCUCUACUAUGUGUUUUCCUUUUUUCUUUUUUUCCCUCCACAUCACGAGUAAUAACAUGACUGAGGUUUUGAAUUUGUAAUUUGGGUUUACUUUUAAAGGUUGGUUAUAUUAGGAAAAAAUCUUUGCAGCAUAGCUACAAAUAUGGUUACACGCAUAUAUACUAUAUAUUUUCAUUAGCUGAAGUGUGUAAAACUUAAAAGACUUCAGACUGAUUUCAUGUGCGUCUGGUUGGUUCCCUGAAAGCCAGUCUUCUUCAUCUGUUGCAUAUUUAGUAGCCAGUGUGAAAGGACGAUAGUCAAGGCCAGCAGAGGUUCAAAAGUAUAUAUAAAAAGUUGGAUUUAUAAUUUUUGCAAAUCUUGUACAUUACUCAAAUUGUAUGAAACCUAUAAUGUAUAAAUAAGAUCACUUUACCCUGUGUUCUCUCCAGUGCCCUCCACUUGGGUGAGCAGAGGAAAUCUGUUUUUCUUUGUCAAUAUACGAAUGACUUACUAGCAAUUGACUAGCACAGGCUAAACGAUAGAAAUAUUUUUGUACUGUCUUCAUGUAAUGGAUGGAUAUUGCAGGAGUGUUGCAGCCAGCACAAGUUGAAGAGUUGAUGGGGAGGAAGCUUGCUGUGGCUAAAGGACUUGUGCCAAGGACCACGAGUCAUAGGAAUAUUUUAACUUUUUAAAUUCCAAACGUGACUGAAAUCUUCAAUUGAUAAAAAGCCUUAAAUGGGCUUGGAGUUGCGUUAAAGCACAGUAGACUGUGCAGACCAUGCACACAUAAGGAAUUGCUUACUUGAUUGUGAAAGCUGCAUUUCAUUCAGUACCUCAACGGAAAUGUUGAAACUUUUUUUCAACAUUUUUUUUUUUUGCCCAAUGUGAUGUGUUACAUGUCACCACUUAAGAUAAAGCGUAAUGUUCACUUGCACUGUAGUCUUAAUUGUAAAGCAGUCCUGUUGCUAUUCUGAAACGCUGCCUGGUUUGACACAUUCCCAUAGUAGACCGAUUGCUCUUGAAAGGUCUUGUUUUCGUCAUAAGAAUGUGUUUAAAGACCUUCAUGGAUCUAAUCUGCGAUUUGUUUUCUUGGGAACGUUCCAGAACAGUAGCGUCAGCGAGGAACUGUUAACAGCUGCUUGAAGUUGUAGUAGUUGACAAAUGUUGAGUGGGGAGAAAAGAUCCCUAUCCUUUGUGUGCAACAUUUUCUUUGAAUAGAAAAAUUCUGUCUUAAUCUGAAAUGAGCUGAAACGCCCGUAUUGUUCAAGAUCACCAAAGCUCACCUGCAUUCCUGUGCAUAUUAAACAUUUUGUUUUUAUUCAUUUUCUCUUUGAGAACAAUAAAAAUGAUUAAGCUG